UCGCAGCUGCCAUGUUUAGCUGCUUUGUUGUAGUGUUCUUGGAGGUUUCCUGCAGUUUUUUUUUUGAGUGUUGCAAUGGAGCCGAGCUGGAGUACCUUCUUAUUUCAGGCGAACGAAGCCUUGCAUCACCAGCACCAGGUGGCUCAGAACAGCCUCCUCCCGCUGUUGAACUCUGUGUCCGAUCAGCCUGACCAGAAGCCCAGCCUGCCCAUCCCCCUGGAGCAGAAGCCCCCCUCGAGCUCCUCCGAGCACCUCAAAGACAAUGUGGGGCCCGGAGGAGGAGGGGGGCAGGUCGCGGGCACCAUCAAGAAGGAGCACAAAACCAAAACGCCCUUCAUCUGCGGCUACUGCAACAAGGCCUUUAGGGACAGCUACCACCUGCGCAGGCAUGAGUCGUGCCACACGGGAGUCAAGAUGGUGUCGCGGCCGAAGAAGACGGCCCAGACUGCUCCCACCAUGGUGCCCCUCAUCUCCUCCCCGAUCCCCCGGGAGAACAGCAGCACCCCAUCCUACGUGUCGACCAUUGCGGGCCUCCUCACCACUGCCACCACCUCGGUGUCCACGGGCUCUAGCAUCAUGUCUCCCGGCAUCAUGGGCAACGUGCAGCACCCUCCGCCUGGCGCCGCCACCACUGCUCCACCGAAGAAGCCCGCCAAGCCGGUGAAGAAGAACCACGGCUGUGACAUGUGCGGCAAGGCCUUCCGCGACGUCUACCACCUUAACAGGCACAAGCUGUCCCACUCUGACGAGAAGCCCUUCGAGUGCCCCAUCUGCCAGCAGCGCUUCAAGAGGAAGGACCGCAUGACCUACCACGUGAGGUCCCACGAGGGCGGCAUCAACAAGCCCUACAUCUGCUCGGUCUGUGGGAAAGGCUUCUCCAGGCCUGAUCAUUUGAGCUGUCAUGUGAAGCACGUCCAUUCCACAGAAAGACCCUUCAAAUGCCAAGUCACGGCUUGUACAGCAGCUUUCGCUACCAAAGACAGACUUCGCUCUCACAUGAUUCGCCAUGAAGGGAAAAUGACCUGUAAUAUCUGUGGGAAGAUGCUGAGCGUAGCCUACUUCACCAGCCAUUUGAAAACACACGGUCAAAGCAACUUCAACACAUCCUGUAACAAAGGAUUAGGUGACUGGAUUUGGAACACGUUGGGGGAAAGAAAAGACUCUAGUGACGUUUGCAACUCUGCUUCCGCGACUCCGGUCACUGCAUCGGCCCCGAUCACCACCGGCAUGAGCCGCUGCAGCAUGAGCAACCCCGUCACCAUCGCGGCUCAAAUGAACAUUAGCACCAGCACGGUGAACAUCGCCUCUCCGGUCAACCUGCCGCACCCGGUGACCAUCGCCACCGCGCCCAUGAACAUCGCGCACCCCGUCGCCAUCUCCACCCCCAUGUCUCUGUCCAGCGCCAUGAAUAUAACCGGCCCGUUAAAUAUAGCGAUGCGACCCAUGGAAAGCAUGCCUUUUCUUUCCCAGGUGCUGCCUUCCUCCCCUCCCUGGUAGAGUCCGUCCCUCCCCAGGUAUUAAGUUUACUUCACAUAGGCAGGUAAGGUAUGGAGAGAGGAGCUGUCCCUUUGCUUGUCUGCAGUACAGCUGCCUUUUUAAAUUAAAAAAAAAAAAAAAAAAAAAAAAAAAAAAAAAAAAACAAAGGCAGCGAACUUAGGGCUUAGUAUUAGGGCUUUCUGGAGCACCUCUGUCCAAAGCAGAAUACAGAGUUGCUGUUUUAAUCGAAUGGGGAAAAAAAAUAAAAUGGUGGACUCGUUUCACAUAAGGUAAGCGAGGAUUCUGGUGGGAGUGUGUCAGUCGCAGGUUUUUUUUUUUUUUUUAGGGGGUCGGGGCAAAUGCAUUAAAUGCGCAUUGCCGGUUCUCAAGAGUUUUAAGACUUCCUAAUACACAUAGCAGCUGUCUCUUAUUGUAGCCUGCAGAUCAGUAUUUAACAGUGUGUGUUUAAGUGUGUUUUUUCUUAACAAUAAAGGGACAAAGACUUCCAAUCGGAGGGCAAAGAAGAUUUGAAACGGUCGCGUACGUAGACGUGUGUUUUGUACAGAGCGAUUUGUUACGCUGUAUUCAGUAAGGUACGUGGACAGUAUCUUUAAACGGUCAAACUGAAUGGAUUAUUUUUUUACCCUUCCAAUCGUGCCACCCACAAUGAUCGUUAAGGCUUUUAUAGACUAAAGAAAGUAGAAAAUUGUAAAAACAAACAAAUAUCAUCUAAGUGUGUGUUGGGGAUAACUUUUUUUAUAUACAGUUAUAAACCAGCUUCCAGAUUUCAGUCAUUUUACAGGAUUUCAAACUAGGAAAAGAAACUUGCACUGAAUGCAUAUCCAUGUUUUUAAUUUUCUAAAAGAGCAGUAUUAUUAUUAAAGAUCAAACCGAAGUGUUGACCUGCAAAAGUAGCAGGCCUGCACUGUAGAUAGAAAAGCGCCAUCUAGUGGCUCAGAGGAACAUGCCGAGAGGUUGGUUCCAAAGGUCGCCAUGGUUUAAUAGUCAUUAUUAUCAUUGUUGUUGUUAUUAUUAUUAUUAUUAUUAUUACACCGGUGAUGGAUCCUAGUUUUAUUUUUUAUUAGAAUUCUAUUUUACCCCUCUUUAUUGAAGAAUAGAAAGCGUAGUAUGGACCUUGCACUCAGGAACUCUGCUGAGGAUAGCCCACUAAUCAAGUUAUGUAAGAGUUUUAUGUCUAGCACGUAACUUUUUAAUCCUGGAAUUGUAAAGUUGCAUUUGUAAAUAUAUAUGAUACACCAUAUACUUCUGCUGAGCUGAACUAAGCAUAGAGGCCCUCAAGAGAGGCAGGGAUCCAAGAACGGGGAUAGAAAUGCUGCCGUCCAUUCAGGCUUGCGUGCAGAUCACCUGACCCGGUCCCAAGCAUUUCUACAUUUUUACUGUAAUCCCGGAUCGGUUCUUGUAAUAAAGCAUUGCUCUGUGUGCCAGAGUGCAGUUAGUCCCCUCGUUUUUAUAUUCUGAAGGAGGCAUGAGGUGUUCACUCUUAAACUCGCUGUGUCUUGAAGCUCAAUGCAGCGCUUUCCUUUUUUACUGUCAAAGCGGAUUCCUACUUUCUCAAAGCAGCUGCCAGACCAAGUGCUGAAGCCUGGCGUCGGCUGUUCUUGAAAGGCACGCUUUGAAGCUGUUUUAAACACUACAGCAAUCACCUGGAGACACAGCACACCUCAAUAGAGCUGACCCUGAGAUCACUGUCCUGUACAUGCAGCAACUCGUACUGUAUGUAAUUGACUUGCUCAGUCCUAUAUCAUCUCAUGAAGACAAUUAACUAUUUUAAUCUGUGCGUUUAAUGGGACGGUACCUUAAUAUUGUAAGCCCUCGUAGUAUAUUGGGCCGAUUUUUUCUUUCUUUCUUUUUUUUUUUUUUAAAAGUAAUUUUUACUUGCUGAAAUUCUGUUGCAUGCUAAUUUAUCGAUGCACACACGGCUGACUGAUGUGUACCUGUCAGACUGGUACAAUCAGUGAUUCUUGGAUCCCUGUCGAGGCAAACUGAAUGUAUAUCUUUGUACAAAACCAUUUAGUUCCAAGGACGUGGUAGUUAGGAUAGACAUCUGUGCAAGAGGAAGUAAGAUAAACUUUUAUAAAUUUUUUGUAUUAGAACAUUAACAAUGGUCAUUUUUUGUGUGUAAUAUAUA